AUGGCACAAGCUAAUCUUGAUCUGGACUUUGUGACGCUCAGCACCGUCGAUAUCGACCUGGUUGGCAAACUGCUGGAUAGAUGUCGAGAAAUUCACAACGAUGACACUGCUGGUACCAACAGCGAAAAUACCGAAGCCGAUUCAAUGUCAUACAACGGACCACUUCCAGAAGAAAACCUAUCCGUGGUCUAUGAAUGUCCAUGCACUGAGUCUUCCACCGUCAGAGAUGACUUCUUCGUCCUCGUUUGUGAGUGCUUAAGAUGUCUUGAGUGCCUUGCAACAGAGAUAGAUGUUGGCCUCAAGAAGAAAGCUUGGCCACCCAAAUGUCAAGAAUGCAAAACCAACAUUGACCUCAAUCAUGUCCGACCUUACAUACCGAAGGUAUUGGUACAGACCUGGCUUCGAGUUCGUGAAGAGUAUGAUGAUCCUUCCCCAGUAUAUUGCGCAACACCAGAUUGCAAGCAAUACCUCAAUAAGUCAACAUAUUCGACGGACAACAAAUGGGCCGCAUGCUCCACGUGCAACUCGAAAACAUGCACAACUUGCAACAGCCUCAAAUCAUGGCACACUGACCAAGGCAAAUGUCCAGACAGCAUCGAGCCUGAGUCUCGAGAGGAAAUGCGACGAAGAGGUUUCAAGCCUUGUCCUUGGUGCAAACAAAUGAUCGAGCGAGACUACGGUUGUGAUCACAUGCAUUGUGAUCAAUGUGGAAAAAACUUCUGCUACAACUGUGGGCGCAAGAAAGGUCGCAGCGAAUUACCAUGCAACUGCAGAGGCGAACACGAAUGGGUCGACGAAGCGAUGGAAGAGAUGAACCCUGAAGCACAACAAGAUAUCCUGGACCGUAUACAAAAUGGCAUGAAUCUACCUCAGAGGUUCCAUGAUCUCAGAGACAUAGAGUUGCUGCCUGAGGGUCGAUUCAGAGGUAUGGGACGCAGAGUUGGUGAGGAAGGUGACGAGCCCGCUCCUGCUGAAAACAUCAUGGACGAUCUUCAUGAAGAACCAGAACCAGCUGCUCGCGCCGGUGCACGUCGUCAUAUUGUUCAACAAGGCUUCAACCACUGGCAAGCCAUGCAGAACUUUGGCGAAAAUGAAAGACUCUUCUAUGGCGGAAACUUCAUGGGCGCUGGUCUUCGAUUAGGUGAAGAAAAUGAAGAAAGACUUGAAGGACAAGAUGCAAUGGUUCCCGAACCCGACAUCGCAGAGUGGGUUGCGCCUGACGCCGACUGGGGUCAGGAGGUUUCUCUUCAGAUGGAUCACUACAACUUCUAUGGUCGUGGUCGGCGACUAGACAAUGCAGAAGAGAAUCCGCAGAUGGUCGAUAACAACAACGUUGAAGAUGAGGAUGAUCACCGCGAUACAGACAUGAACGGCUGGGACAAUGCUGACGAAGAAUAUGACGGUUACAACUGGACGCCAGGGUACGCCUUUGGAGUCAGAUAUGGAGGAGGUCGCCCGCUAGGUGACGGACCAGUGAUUGACCGUACCCACAACGACGCCGAUGCUUCAAACAACAUGGACGUUUCGCCCGAUGUCCUGCCGCACGUCCGGCAGCAACCACUCCCAUAUAGAGACUACGGCCAAUCAGGAAGGCCCAUCUACCUAUUCCCUGGUCAAGGUCGCACAUUGGGUAAGACUGUGGCAGAGGUCGAUGUCGAUAACGAUGCUGGCCCCUCAGCUGCGCCGGAAGUGCCUCCACCACAGGACAAUGGCUUCAACCACUUCCGUGCUCGAGAGUAUGGUACGAACGGUCGUGGUGGGCAAUUCGAAUAUCGCCACUUCCGUGGUGGAGGACAAAGACUUGGUGAUUGA